AUGGGGAACCUGGACGGAGGUGAACUCUGCGUUCCACACCUGAACUCCUCCUGCACGAAGCCGGCCCACCCCCCUACCACCACCAUGCUGAUCUACGUCCUGCUGUCCUCCGUCUCCCUCGUCACGGUGGCUCUGAACCUGCUGGUCAUCAUCUCCAUCUCCCACUUCAGGAAGCUCCACACUCCCACCAACCUCCUCCUGCUGUCUCUGGCUGCCACCGACCUCCUCGUCGGCCUCCUGCUGAUGCCGGUGGAGAUCAUCUACAUCGAGGCGUGCUGGUUCCUAGGUGACAUCCUCUGCACUGUGUACUACAUCAUAGACUACAUCAUCACCUCCGCAUCCGUGGCUAACAUGGUGCUGAUUUCACUCGACCGCUACGUGGCCAUCUGCGACCCUCUGCGAUACACCACCAAGGUCACUAAGGGAGUGGUGCAGCUCUAUGUUUGCCUCUGCUGGCUCUGUUCUAUCUUAUACAGGCUGCUCCUCCUGCACGACCACCUGGAGCAGCCCGGCAGGUCCAACUCCUGCUUCGGGGAGUGUGUGGUCGUCAUCAAUUACAUCUCAGGUAUCAUCGACCUGGUUUUCACCUUCAUCAUCCCCAUUUCUGUCAUCGUGGUCCUGUACCUGCGGGUGUUUGUGGUGGCGCUGGCUCAGGCUCGCAGCUUACGCUCUCAGGUUGCAGCUCAGCGCCCGGGGAUGCUGGCGGUGAGGAAGCAUGAGAUGAAGGCGGCCCGGACUCUGGGUAUCGUUGUGGUCGUGUUUCUGAUCUGUUUCUGUCCGUAUUACUACCCGACUCUGGUGGGAGAGCACACGUCGGUCGAUGCUUCCGCCGCCGCCUUUGAGAUCUGGUUGGCGCAUUUCAACUCCUGCCUGAACCCGGUCAUCUAUGUGUUUUGCUACCCCUGGUUCAGGAAGUCUCUCAAGCACAUUCUGACACUGCAGAUCCUGAAACCAGGCUCCCGUGACGCUCAGAUUCUGUAG